AUGCACCUCGUAGUGGGCACGUACGAGCGCUUUCUACUGGGAUACGCCGUGCCGGAUGCCCUCGAGGCCGGCGGCGCGCAGCUGGCGCGCGCGUUCACGCACGCUUCGCACCAGGGCCCCGUCCGGUGUGUUGACGCGGCGGGCGCGUACGUGGUGUCUGGGGGUUCGGAUGACCAGCUACACCUGUACGAUGUGAAGCGCGGCCGCGACCUGGGGUUCCUCAUGAACCCGGGGGAGGGCGCGGUGCCGUGCCUGCAGCUCUACACGCCGCCGGGGGCCGCCUCCCCAAGCCACCUCUUCAGCGGCAGCGCAGACGGCGGGAUCGCAAUCUGGCGGGCCGGCGGCGAGUGGGAGCACCUGAAGAUGAUGAAGGGCCACAGGGGCGCUGUAAACGCGCUCGCGGUGCACCCCAGCGGCCGGCUGGCGCUGAGCGUGGCGCACGACAGGCAGCUUCGAAUGUGGGACCUCCUCAGGGGCCGCUGCACCUACACCGCUGGUCUGGAUGCAGAGGGCGUGGACAUCCAGCUGGGCCCCAGGGGCGACACGUACGCACUGCUCUGCGGCCGCACGCUCACGCUGCACGCGGCUGGCGGGGAGGGCGGCCUGCUGGCGCGCCUUGACUCAGAAGAGGUCAAGUUCACUUGCCUGGGGCGCGGCCGGCAGGACGAGAGGGUGCUGUUGGUAGGGCAAGAGGACGGCACCCUCGCGCUCUGGGACACUCGGGAGGGCGGCGGCCCGGGUGCGGCAGCCAGUGCACGGCUGGCGUCGCGGGUUGAGAAGGCCCACAAAACGCGGAUAAGAGCCAUCGAGCCUGUUACACCAGACGACGGCGGCCCCCUGCCGCGCCACGUCGCCACCGCGUCGAGCGACGGCGUCAUCAAAAUCUGGGAUUGCCGCCGGAUGACGACCGUGACUCACAGCGCCGGCUGCAGCGAGCUGGCGAACGCAGACACAAAGGGGCGCAUCACGUGCAUGACGCUCUCGGCGCCGGGGCGGAGGCAGGCGGCGCUCGCAGGCGGGGCAGGAGGGGAUGCAGAGGCGACUGCUGCUGGAGAGCAGAAAACGGAGCCUAAAGAGCAGCGACAUCGGCAACCGUUGGAAAAGCGGCAACAGCAGCAGCAAGAUCAGCAGCGGCAGCAGCAGCAGCAGAAACGGAAGCAUCAGGUGGCAGCCAGCGGCGAGCAGCAGCCAGCAAAGGCGCAGCAACCUGUCAAGCAGGGGCAGCAGCAGCAACAGCAGCAGCAGCAGCAGAAAACGCAGAAGCAGCAGCAGCAGAAACAGCAGAAGCAGCAGAAGCAGGUAGAGCAGUUCUUUGAUGACGACGACGAUGAUGUUGAACUAGAGCAGCAGCAGCAGCGCGGUAAGGGAGGCAAGGCAGGCAAGCAGCACAAGGCCCCGCUGAACGGCGCUGGCAGCCGCCGCGGCGACGGCGAGGCGUUGGUUCCACGCGUGCAGACCGUGAUCAAGAAGAAAAAGAAGCGGGAAGGUCACACUGGGCAGCAGCAGCGUGGGCAGCAGCAGCGGCGGCGGGAAGGGCAGGCGCGAGGCAGCGGCGCUAGCGGCAGUGGAGGGAUCAGCAUCACGAACCGGAAGGCGCCGCGGCCGGGUAGAAGUUGA